GAUGCGCCAGAAAUAAGGCAACAUUGAAUAGCGACGAGGCAAGCACAUAAGUAUGGGUUAUCCUUUUCUCCAUCUGUAAGUGUCUCUACAACAUAGCGCUAUCAAUUGCGAUAUUCCUACUCCUGUUUGACGCUUCGUAGCCCAUUUGCGCCGCAAUGCGUUUCUCAACUCUCGCCGCCAUUGCGGGCCAAUGCCUCUUAGCGUCGGCACAGCUAAUUGAUCUCGACUUUGUCAAUUCGGAGCCUGAUCCUACCUUCACGAUUGCUUUAGACGCGCCUUCUCAGACAGUCACCUAUGACCGGGCGUCUGCUAUCGCGCAUGAUCGCGCCGAGGCCGGGAGUGACAGUCCUCUGGACAUCGUCGAAGCCGGGCCGACAAAACGAGACACUGGCAUUUCCGGCCCAAUCAUUGAGGCUCGGCAAGCCGCCUGCGCUCCAGCUCCCACCACAUCGAACAUUUACAAUGCCAACUUGUCUCCACCGGAAUCUUUUGUCGCCGAUUCCAACCUCGCUGGAGUAGCAGACCAAGCGCCGACUCCAUCCGGAUAUACCAACACUUUCACCAAUGUGAAGGCUGCGUCGCAAGCGCAUGGUUAUAUGGGAUACUCCCUUCUAUCUUCGUAUGACACUGCUGCCUGUGCCGCCAAAUGCAACAAGGCGAAGCUUUGCCAGUCGUUCAACAUCUACUUUGAGCGCAGCCCUUCCCUGGUCCCAGGCUCCAAUUGUCCCAAUCCCGCUCCUACCGCGAACAUCUUUUGUGUACUUUGGGGUGGUCCGGUCUACCCUGAGAAUGCCAAAAAUGUUGGACAGUGGCGUGCCAACUACCGUGUCGUCAUUGCAGGUAGCAAUGGAUACACCUUGACUUCCGCCCUCGGUUUGAAAAACACGGCAGCCAUCAAUUCACCAAUUGAGAAUUGCAACGGCGCAUACACAUACCUAGGCAUGCGCCUGUUCAAUGACGGUGCGCCGUUCGAUCCGCAACGCUGCGCUGCCGUUUGCUCCGACACCUCUAGCUACAACACUAAUCACAAUCCGGAUCCAACUAAGCCCCCAACCCUUUGCAAGUUUUUCAACACCUAUAUCCUGAGUAAAAACUACGUCAGCCAGGGACAAGUCUGCUCUUUAUACUCUCAAUACUGGGAUCCAGCGGUAUACGCUGUGAAUGAUGGCCAAUGGGAUUCCAAGGGCAACCACUUCACCAUCUCGUCCAGUGUGUUCGUGAAGAAUGCCACAGAUGUGGUCACGCCAGUAUGCCCAAACAACGUGCUCCAGCUGAAACAAGACUCAGCUGCCGGUGCUUUCUGCACAUCCUACAACAGCUACGUCGCGCCCGUGGUGACAGUGACCGCCACCAGUGGCACGACUACGAUCCAACGUUGCGCAGCUCCCACGCUGACAGCUAGAAAGCGCGAGAACACGGCUGGCGGAUUUGUCGAAGCUGUUCUUGCCGUCUACCCGGAAAAGAUUGCUCCUCAAACCACCGGCGCUGCUGCGUCUGUGACUAUCGCUGCUGGGUCCAUCACAGUCGCUGCAGCUCUCGCCUCGGCUACUGCGGAGGCAGUAAGCUCGCUCGGUUUGGAUACCUCCAGCAGUGUCGCACCUACGACCACAACUCAAGCAGCGCGUCGCCGACAAGCACCAGUGACCCCCAGCAUUCUACUGGGCCGUGACCCUCGUGAAAUUGCAUCGGUCUGUUCUCAGGUUGCUACUGGAACCAACACCAUCACUCAGACCGCUCAAGCUACUCAGAUCAGCGAUGCCAACUGCGCCCAAUACCCAUCGACCUGCUCAGACGGCUCUAGCCCAAGUCUUAUCUUCGGAGACUUUACCAGAGCGACUGACUCUUACGAUGACUACAGUUCGACCAUCGAGCUACCUUUUCCGAUCUGCAUCUAUGACUCCUGCUCGUCUAUUGCGCAUCCGACUACCAAUGGAAUGAUCACGCUCGGUGAUUUUGAAACAGCGACAUACACGAACAGACCCAUCCCCUACAGCUUGGGCAAUCUUGGGGUUGCACAGCCUGCCCUAUUUGCAUUCCACGACGACUUAUACAUUUUUGCCGGUCAACGUCAUUACAUGGAUUUCAGCAUCUGUGGAGCAUCAGGAUCGCGUAGCGUGACAUUCGACUGGCGCAUGGGUGCCUUCAAUGCGCCUUCGGAUGGGCCCUUGUACAGCUUCAGCGCAACCUUCUAUGAGGCCCAGCCAGGCCGAGUCUUCUUGAACUACUUCGGCACGACAGAUCAAGGUAUCUCUGCAACAAUCGGCAUGCAGGGAACGCGGGCGGGAGCCGUCACGUCUUACCAGUAUUCGUAUAACGAGGCUGCCAUUACCAACGGUCUUGGCCUUAUCCUUGACCCCGCGGCAGGAUAUUUCGGCCGGGCAGAAGCCCGCCCUCAAUCUGCGUGAAAAGCUUUCGAAAGCAGACCUAUCACCAAAUUUGUCUCUGGGCAC